UGGAUUUGACUUCCGUUUUGGACCAUGAAUUAAUAAGAAGAAUGCCACAGUCCAGUAUGAUGGAGAUGACAGAGGAUGAGUGUUGUUCACACUCAGAUAAAUGUGAAACACACUGUGUGGAUCUCUCAGCAAGAGACAUGACAUUGUUUCCUGCGGAAGGGGUCAAUUUCUCACAAAUCACAAAACUAUUUCUAGAUCAUAAUGAUAUUGAAAGUAUCCCUGAUUCCAUUGAAAGUUUUCAAGCUCUGCAGGUAUUAUCUAUGACAGGUAAUCGUCUGAUUGGACUGCCAGAUUGUAUUGGUUGUCUCACAUGUCUGGAAGAAUUGCUUUUAAAUGAAAAUGAACUUUGCAGUUUACCUGAUAGUAUUUCAGAGUUAUCACAAUUACAAAUUUUAAACCUGACGGGGAACUGUUUGAAAGAGUUACCAGAGAGUUUUGGUGAUCUGAUAAAAUUAAAAACCUUGCAUAUUGAGGAAAAUAAACUUGAGAUAUUGCCUUCCACGUUAGGACUGUUGGAGAACCUAGAGGUACUGGAACUGUGUGAUAAUACAAUAUCAAAUUUACCAGUGAGUAUUGGACGUCUGAAAUCAUUGAAGAUAUUCAACAUGUGCAAUAAUAAACUGGAUAUCAUACCGGAAACUGUUGGUGAUAUGCUUUCUUUAGAAACUAUUGAUUUAUCAGGCAAUAAUAUAGAACUGUUACCUAGUCACUUCUCCUCUACUGUUACCCUGAAAAGAUUAUUUUUGGAUAGGAACAGGAUUGUCCAAUUACCAGAUUGGAUAGCAGAACUUAGAUAUAUUGAGGAAUUUACUGCAAGUGAUAACAAGUUACAUGAACAAUCUCUAACAGAAAAGUUUGGGAUGACAUGUAGAUUGAUAAAACAUUUGGAUCUAGGUGGUAAUUUUAUGAGUCGACUGCCUGACUCCUUUGGGCAUUUAGAAAGUUUAGAAAAGUUACAUUUAGGAAGUGUUAUUGAUGAAUUAGAAAGACGUAAUUUUCAGAACGGUAAUUGGAUCGGUUAUUUACCAACAAAUUUUUGUCAAUUGAUAAAACUAACUGAGCUUCACUUUGAUGAAAAUCAGCUUCAUGAAUUACCCAAUGACUUUGGAAACUUAAUUAACCUGGAAUUUAUAGAUCUUGGUCAGAAUUUACUGUAUGAGCUACCUGAAUCUUUUGGGAAUUUAAAAUCACUCAGAAUUUGUCAACUAUCUAAAAAUAAUCUACAACUGUUGCCAUCUUCAUUUGGUAAUUUAUCCUCAUUAGAAGACCUUAGAAUGGAUAAUAAUUUGUUGGCAGAACUUCCAGAAUCUUUUUGUCAGCUAACAAACCUGAAGACAUUAGAUGUAUUUAACAACAGACUGACGGAGAUCCCAUCGGCUUUGAAGUAUUUAACUAAUCUAGUCAGGCUGGACUUAGUAGAUAAUCAGUUUAACAUACCAUGGGAUGAAGUUCCACAGAUUAUAACCAGUUCUAAAUAUCCUGAAAGAGAUCCAUCAUUGAAGAAUAACUGGAGAGGAAGACCUAGACAAGAUCUAUCCAUGAAUGAUGUUCCAAUAAUUAAGCUUGAAAUGCAGGAAGUAGAAGAAUUUGAAUUACCACCACCAUCUCUAAACUACAGUGAAGAUGUUUUAAAAGCUGCAGCUAUAAAUAACUUAUCUAUUUGGAGAAGUCAUAAUGGAAAUCAAAAGAGAGAAAAAUUUAUAAGGAAGUUUAAAACUAUGCCACUAUUUGGACAGUACAAUGGGAAAGAUAGUCAGACAGAAAGUGAGGAAGAUCAAGAUGAUAGUGAUUAUGAGGUGGAUGGAGAUGAAGAUGAAGAUUUUGAACCUCCAAUAUUUGUAUCAAAAAGUAGACAAGAGACAGAAGAUGCACCAGUAGAAACAGCGCCAUCUGGUGAGAACUGGGAUGAUGAGAUAGAAGAUAUUGAGAUACCAGUAGACAACCCAUACAAAUUCCAGGAUAUAUAUGUUCACCCUGCUCCGAAGACCUUAGCCGAGGCUGGUUACACUGUAGAUAAUCAUUUAUUUCUGCCUUAUGACAUGCACUCGCAGCCUUUUGUUAAACAGAAAUAUAUAUACCCCAUAGAGGAAGGACAGUUUGAUGAUAACAGUGAUGAAAACACAGAGGAGAUAUGAUUAUUCUAUUUUUGGAUGAAAAUACAGAGGAAAAAUGAUGAUGAUAUUGUUGACAGCCUUUUAUUAUCUUUAAACAAAACGAAAAGUAGCUGUCUAUUUAAAAGCUUCUUUUUUUGCACUGUUUUUAGAAACUAUUUUAUAUGGUAAGAUCAUUUGAAGACACAUGAAUUGGCAUCUGACCCUUAAGUGGUUUGGUUUUUCUUCAAUUUAAUAGAGAAGACAUAUCUCUUAUUGUAUAAGUUUGGUUUAAGUAUUUAGUUGCUGUAAUUCAAUGA